AUGUCCACGGAAGAUCGAAAAGUGCGCCCCGACGUGCUUUCCUACAACAUUCUCAUCAAGGCUGUCCUCCGUGUGCGCUCUUUGGCUCACCGGCCAUGCCCUACCACGCCGCCAGCUCGACUCCAUGCCCACACGCGUCAUGCUGUUGGCGUGUUGCUCGUGUCCCGCGCGCUCGCCCACUUCGCUUGGUUUCGGAUAGGUGCAGCGCUGGCUGGCGUCCACCACGUUUUUGAUUGGUCACCCGAUCGCCUCGCGGGCUGCCCAAGCGUCACGCGCACGUCCUUCAUAUCGGUCACUCUUGGCGCAGAGUCCCGGCAGCGCCGACGUGAUGACGGCGCAUCGGUGGAGGCCUUCGCGGCCUGGGCGGUGGAAAACAAUGGACGACGCGCCGUCCUCACCGCUUCCACCAUGGUUCUUGGUGAAGAUGGAAUCUUGGAAGAGCAGAUUUUAAAUGUUCUGGGGGUCCAGGGCAAGCGAAUGGCGGCGGCUUUUGGUGCUCGACGCGGCUCCGGCGGUGUUCGCCACGGCUCUGGUGGCGCUGGCGGAGCUUUGCCUUAUGCUAUGAAACAUCUUGGGCUCUCUGCACCAGUUUAUGCAACAGAACCCGUGUUUAGACUUGGCCUUUUGACCAUGUACGACCAUUUCCUAUCUCGAUGGGGCGUACACUUUUCAACCACACUCAUUUCCAAUACUGCAGAAGCAGAGGAAGGUGGAGGCGUCGCGUUCGGAUGGCGCUGCCGACUCGGCGGUCGUGCUGGUGCUGCCUACGACCCGGAGCCGUAG